AUGGAUCGAUUACUGCGUCGUGGCCCAGGGCCAGCGAGUACAGCGACGGCGAUGGACGUUUUGCCCUCGGAGGACCUGCUGGACCGACCUGAGUUCGAUGCGCGCGAGUUCAUCAACCGAAACUUUCCGGACGAGCAGAGUCUGGGGGACAUUGGUGACUUUGUGAGCGGUCUCCGCGGGCGUAUGAAGGAGCUCGACGACUCGCUGUCUCGGGCGUCACAAGACCAGAGUUUAGCGGCGCAUCAGGCGCUUCUGGAUCUGAAGGAAGCGAAAACGGCGAGUCAGCAGCUUUUCCACAAGAUCCACGAUAUCCGAGGUAAGGCAGAGCAGUCCGAGGUCAUGGUGCAGGAGAUCUGUCGCGACAUCAAGCAGCUCGACUAUGCUAAGCGCCAUCUGCAGACCACGCUCACGGCGCUAAAGCGGCUGCACAUGCUGGUUAUUGCCGUUGAUCAGCUAGAGUUUAUGUCCUCGCAACAACUUGGCGGACAGAUCUUUGCCGACUUUCGGUCUAUUGGCCCCAUGGAGUCGUUGGAGGACAAUUUUCCAUCCGAAGAAGAACGACAAGCUGUCUUUGCCAACCUCUCGGCUGCGCGUGCAGCUGUCGAUGCCUUGGGCAAAGCAACCAGAGAGAAACUGGUCCAUUUAUUUUGUGACGAACAGUUGAUGUCCUACGAGAGACUUUACGGGGACGGGGGAGAGUGCGCUGGGUUGCACCAGGCCGAAACGAGAUACAAGUGGUUCUACAAUCUGGACGAUAUGCCAUGGUUGUCCGCUGUCCCUGCCCCAGGAUCCGGUUGA